AUGAUAGAGAAGCCAUUUAUUCUUCAAUACUUUCUUUUCUUUCUUUCUUUCUUUCUUUACUUGCUUAUUAAUAUCUCCACUUUCUUUCUUUGUUCUUUCUUUCUUAAUAUAUUCUCUUUCUUUGUUCCAUUCUUUCUUUCUUUCUUUCUUUCUCUUAAUAUUUCUAUUCUUUCUUUAGUUUUACUUAAUAUCUCCCUUUUUAUUUAUUUCUCUCUAUUAAUAUCUCCCCACUCUUUCUUUCUCUUAAUAUAUUCUUUUUCUUUCUUUCUUUCUUUCUUUCUUUCUUUCUUUCUUUCUUUCUUUCUUAAUAUUUCCCUUUUUCUUUCUUUCACUUUUUCUUUCUUAAUAUUCAGUAUCUGUCCUUUUAAUCAUUUCCUCUUUCUUUCCUUUUCCUUUCUUUUACCUUUCUUUCUUUCUUUUCCCUUUCCUUCUUUCUUUUCUCUUUCUUUCUCUCUUUCCCUUUCUUACUUUCUUUCUUUCCCCUUUAUUUAUUUCCCUUUUUACCUUUUAUCCUUUCUUUCUUUCUGUUCCCUUUUCUUUUCUUGUUUUUUCCUUUCUUUCUUUUUUGUUUCUUACUUUCUUUCUUUUCCAUUUCCUUCUUUCAUUUUCUUUCUUUCUCUCUUUCCCUUUCUUACUUUCUUUAUUUCCCCUUUAUUUAUUUCCCUUUUUACCUUUUACCCUUUCUUUCUUUUCCCUUUUCUUUUCUUUCUUUUUUCUUUCUUUCUUUCUUUCUUUUCCCUUUCCUUCUUUGUUUUUCCUUCUUUCUCUUUUUCCCUUUCUUACUUUCUUUCUUUCCCCUUUAUUUAUUUCCCUUUUUACCUUUUACCCUUUCUUUCUUUCUAUUCCCUUUUCUUUUCUUGUUUUUGUCCUUUCUUUCUUUUUUUGUUUCUUACUUUCUUUCUUUUCCAUUUCCUUCUUUCAUUUUCUUUCUUUCUCUCUUUCCCUUUCUUACUUUCUUUAUUUCCUUUUUUACCUUUUACCCUUUCUUUCUUUCUUUUCCCUUUUCUUUUUUUGUUUUUUCCUUUCUUUCUUUUUUCUUUCUUUCUUUCUUUUUUGUCAUUCUAUUCCUCCCUAUCUUUCUAUCUCCUGUCUCUUUCUAUUUUUUCUCUUUCUUUUUUUCUCUUUUCUUUUUAUCUAUCCCCUUCCUUUCUAUUUUUCAUUCCUUUCUUUCUUUCUUUCUAUAUCAUUUCUUUAUUUUUCUUUCUAACUCCUUUCUUUCUUUCUACGCGUCCCUUUCUCUUUCUUUCUUUUUCUAGCUCUUUCUUUCUCUCGAUCACCUUUCUUUUUAUUUAUUCACCUUUCUUCCUAUCAUCCAAUCCUUCUUGCCAUUCUCCCCCUUUCUUUGUAGAUUUUCUUCUUUCUCUCUGUCUCCUUUUCCUUUCUAUCUUUCUCUCUUGA